AUGGAUGCUGGGAUUUUUACUCUGCAUGUCCUGGUGCUGUCCUGCCUCAUCCAAGGCUCUCUGCAGGGUGAGUACCAGCGGCGCCUCUACAAGGAGCUGAUGAAGAGCUACAACCCUCUAGAGCGGCCGGUCAACAACGACUCCCACAGCCUGACCGUCCACUUCUCCUUCAGCCUGCUGCAGAUCAUGGACGUGGAUGAGAAGAAUCAAGUACUGACCACCAACAUCUGGCUGCAGCUGUACUGGACAGACUUCUACCUCCAGUGGAACACAUCGGAUUACCCCGGUGUCUCCAACGUCCGGUUCCCCGACAGCCAGAUCUGGAGGCCUGACAUCCUGCUCUACAACAGUGCUGAUGAACGGUUUGAUGCCUCUUUUCACACCAACAUCCUGGUCAACUCCACAGGCUACUGCCAGUACCUGCCUCCAGGGAUCUUUAAGAGCACCUGCUACAUCGACGUCCGCUGGUUUCCGUUCGAUGUGCAACGCUGCGACCUGAAGUUCGGCUCGUGGACGUACGGGGGCUGGUCCCUGGACCUGCAGAUGAUCGAGGCCGAUGUCACCGGGUACAUCGCCAACGGAGAAUGGGACCUUGUGGAGGUUCCUGGACGGCGGAGCGAACGUUUCUACGACUGCUGUAAGGAGCCCUACCCGGACGUGACCUUCACCGUGGUGAUGAGGAGGAGGACGCUCUACUACGGCCUCAACCUGCUCAUCCCCUGCGUCCUCAUCUCCACCCUCGCUCUGCUCGUCUUCCUGCUGCCGGCCGACUCCGGAGAGAAGAUCUCUCUGGGCAUCACCGUGCUGCUCUCCCUGACAGUCUUCAUGCUGCUGGUAGCAGAGAUCAUGCCGGCCACGUCCGACUCCGUUCCUCUCAUAGCUCAGUACUUUGCGACCACCAUGGUGAUCGUCGGCUUGUCGGUCAUCGCGACCGUUCUGGUCCUGCAGUACCACCACCACGACCCCGACGGAGGACACAUGCCUCAGUGGACCCGGGUCGUCUUGUUGAACUGGUGUGCCUGGUUCCUGCGGAUGCGCCGACCCGGAGAGGCCAAGGUCCGUCUGGCGUGCCACAACGCCGCCAAGCAGGGGCGUGGCAGCCUGUCCAGCCUGGAGCUCAGCGUCAGCCAGGCGUCGCUGAGGCCGAACCCCCAGGCCGCCAACGGGAACCUGCUGUACCUGGGCUUCCGAGGAGCCGACGGCCUGCACUACGGCGCCGCCGAGCCCGAGCUGCUGUGCUCGCGGCUCAUGGGGGGAAACGGCGGCGGGGAAGAAGACGCGGUCAGGGCUGGAGGAAGAGUCGCAGGCCUGGCGGGAAGCCUGGAGCUGGAGCUGAACCACAUCCUGGAGGAGGUGAGGUACAUCGCCCGGCGUUUCCGUGGCCAGGACGAGGAGGAGACGGCGUGCAGCGAGUGGAAGUUCGCGGCGGCGGUCAUCGACCGGCUCUGCCUGGUGGCCUUCUCUCUCUUCACCAUCCUGUGCACCAUCGGCAUCCUCAUGUCCGCACCCAACUUCGUGGAGGCCAUCUCCAAAGACUUCUUCAGCUGA